AUGCACACCAUUUUUUCAUCCUUUCUAUUAAAAAAAAUGUCAUUUUUCUCUCCGUUGGCCUUUUAUUAGUAGAAAUUUUAUAGUUUAUUCUCAAAUCAAAAGGAAAAACAUGUCAUUUCCUCUUAUCAUCUUCUUCAUAAUUAUUCUCCCAUUUUCCACUUCUCUAACUUUCUCCUCUUUCAACAUCUCAAAUUCCCCAUGGCUUCCUUCUCAAAAUCGAAUCCUUGUUUCACCUCAAAAUUCCUUUUCAGCCGGUUUUCAAGCUUUGCCCACUUCCUCAAACCUCUUCAUCUUCUCAAUUUGGUACUCUAACACAUCAUAUAACGUUAAUCAUAAUACUCCCACCAUUAUUUGGUCUGCUAAUUGGGGUUUUCCUGUUCAUUAUUCAGCUUCUUUGAUUAUCACUUCCGAUGGUGAACUUCGGCUUCUCAAUGACUCUUCCAGAACCAAUUUCUGGCAAAACCCACCUUCUAGAAACUUCACAUCCACCAAAUUACUGCUCCAGGAUGAUGGGAAUUUAGUUUUUGGGUCAUGGGAAAGUUUUUUGUACCCAACUGAUACUUUUCUUCCUAAUCAAAACAUCACAAAAAACACAACAUUGACAUCCAAAAAUGGGAAAUUCAGCUUUAUCGGGUCUAACAAUUUGGUAUUUCAAGGGUCCGAUUCUUAUUGUUUUUAUACGAAAGAAUUCCUGAGUCUUUGGGAUGAUGGUCGGGUAGUGCGAAAUGGGGGGAAUCCCAUAACAUCAGCGGAUUUUGGAUCAAAACAUACCCGGAGACUCAUUUUGGAAGACGAUGGGAACCUCCGGAUCCUAAGUUUUUACCCACAUAGAAGGAAAUGGGUUGUUGUAUGGGUGGCUCUUCUAGAAACCUGUCAAGCACACGGUCUAUGCGGGCCGGGUUAUAUUUGUUAUAGUGACGGGUCAACUUCAUCCGGAUACAAAUGCGUUUGCCCGCCCGGAUUCAAGAAAAUCCUGGACCCGGAAUCUUGUGUCCCUAAGAUUCCCAUUGAUCCUGAAAACAGUAAGUUUUUGCGUCUUGAUUAUGUUAACUACUCUGGCGGGUCUACCUAUACAAAUUUAAUGACUUAUAGCUUUGAUAAGUGUAGAUCCAAAUGUGUUGAAGAGCAAAAAUGUCAUGGGUUUGGGUUUAAGUAUGACGGGUCGGGUUAUUGUGUACUUCAAAUGAACAGACUUGUAAAUGGUUAUUGGUCUCCUAAUACGGAAAUGUCCUUUUAUCUUAGAGUGCACCAAUUAGAAACGGAUCCAAGUAAUUUUACGGGUAUGUCCGAGGUACUGGACACAACAUGCCCGACCCUAAUCACUUUUCCAAACCCGUAUAGAGAGUCCAACAAGACAACCUUGAACAUAAUAAUUGUGACUAUCAUCUUUACUUUUGAGAUUGCUAGUGGGGUGCUCUUAUUUUGGACAUUCUUAAAGAAGUAUGUCAAGUAUAGGGAUAUGGUCCAUACACUGGGGCUUGGGUUAUUCCCAACUGCUGGAGCGAAAAGGUUCACUUAUGGUGAGAUCAAAUUAGCCACAAAAGAUUUCUCGGAAGAAAAUUUCAUAGGCAAAGGUGGGUUUGGUAAUGUGUAUGCUGGUGUGUUGCGCGAUGGUAGACCCGUGGCUGUUAAAUGCUUGAAAGAUGUGCAAAGUGGUGAGUCCGGGUUUUGGGCUGAGGUGACGAUCAUAGCUCGAAUGCACCACCUUAAUUUGGUUCGCCUAUGGGGCUUUUGUGACGAAAAGGGGCAACGAAUUUUGAUUUAUGAGCACGUCCCAAAUGGGUCGCUCGACAAAUAUUUGUUCAAACCGGGCCUAGUAAGAUUAGAAGAUCGAGAUAGUGAUCCCAACACGACUUCAAUGUCGAGUGUAGAACAAACUUGCAUGCUUGAUUGGAACAUUAGGUACAGGAUUGCCCUUGGAGUAGCAAGGGCAAUCGCCUACCUACACGAGGAGUGUCUCGAGUGGGUAUUACAUUGUGACAUUAAGCCUGAAAACAUACUCUUAGGUGAUGAUUUUUGCCCGAAAGUGGCUGAUUUCGGGUUAUCAAAGCUUAGGAAAAAGGAACAACUAGUAACGAGGUCAAACAUUCGUGGAACUCGAGGGUACAUGGCACCAGAAUGGACUAAACACGAACCUCUUACCUCAAAGGUUGAUGUAUACAGCUUCGGUAUGGUAUUGUUAGAAAUUGUUACAGGGGUUAGAAAUACAACUGAAGGGCCUUCUUGGAUGCCAAGUGAAGAAUGGUAUUUUCCAAAAUGGGUAUUCAAAUUGGGUAUUGAAGAAAAUAGAAUGGAUGAAAUAUUGGAUCGUCAAAUAAAGCAUUGUUAUGAUGAUAAUGUGCAUUUUAAUUUGAUAAGUAGAAUGGUGAAAACUGCCAUGUGGUGUCUUCAAGAGAGGCCAGAGAUGAGACCAUCCAUGGGAAAAGUAGCUAAAAUGCUUGAAGGCACUGUUGAAAUUAUGGAACCCCCAAAGCCAACCUUAUUUUACUUGUGAAUUAAUUGUGAUUUUUAAUCAAAUAAUUAAUAAGUAAUUAGCUUCUACACAUUAUAUUACUUCUAUGUUUUAUGCUUAAUCAAUAUAUAAAUGUGAAUUCUAUUAUGUAAAACACAUGUAAUAGAAAGGUAAUUAAAGGAUAUUCAUUUGAAUUUAGGCUA